AGCCCAAAUCCGCCACAGACCUAGAAAGCUCCCUAAUCCACCUAGAGCAGAAGAAUGAAGGCUGGAACAUAUUUCAGAAGUUGUAGGCGCUGGUGAUUUAAAGACACAUCCCUCUCUCUCCUCCACACACGUGUGCACACACACACAAUCAAGCAGGAACCUGUCCAUGCACCGACCCCUGCAGAGAAGGGCUCUCCAGGUCCACUGUAGGUAUGAGGUUCAGGUGUGUCUUGCAAGGCACUGGCCUGGCAAGCAAGGGCCUGGGCUCGCUGCUCGGCUCCCUCCUCCCAUCCAGAAACGGUUAAUUGCCAGCGCCAGGCUGCCUGCAGCCCAGCCCUGAUCCCAGGCAGCCAGGCUGGGGCUGCAGGGAGCCGCUGUGGGGAGCAUUCUUCCAAGGUAAUGAUUAAGCUAAGCGCCUGGCAAGGGCGCAGACUGCCGACUGGGAAGGUGAGCCCUGUUCACACCUGGGCCAGGCUGCGGUGGCCAAGACUGGUUUGGAAAGGCAAGGCCCUGGGGCACGGGGGCCCUGAGCCGGCAGCCACAGCCUGCUGCCUGUGUAAGGGCACCCGGGAGCAUCCCGGUACCAGAGGCUCUGCUGCCGGCCCCACUGGGACUUUGCCCUCGCCCCGGCACCAUGAAGCUCCAAGUGUUCUGGACUGGGCUGGAAUACACCUGCCGGCUCCUGGGCAUCACCACGGCUGCAGUGUUGAUCGGCGUGGGCACCGAGACCUUACUCCGUGGGCAGUACAAAAGCCUGGCUUUCUACCUGCUGUUUAUAGGAGCUGCCAUGUCCCUGUGCGAAGGCGCCUACUUCAUGGCUCAGCUGCUGGCCGUGUGCUUCCGGUGCCAGCCAGGGUCCCUGGCCCACAGAGCAAAGGAGAAAGCCCACUGGCUGGGCUGCUUUCAGAAGUUCCUGGCCUACAUGCUGCUGUCAGUGGCCUGCUUCCUCCACCCUGUCCUGGUCUGGCAUGUGACCAUCCCAGGCACCAUGCUCAUCAUCACAGCCGUGGCCUACUUCCUGCUGAGCAAGCGGAAGAAGAAGAAAGCCACGCCUGAGGCGCCACCCCCGCCCCCACCCGAGCAGUACACGGACCCCUCCAGCAGCGCCGUGAGCACCACGGGCUCCGGGGACACGGAGCAAACCUACACCUUCCACGAGGCCCUCAGGGAGGGGCCGGGGUCCCUCUUCACCCAUGUGAAGAGCAUCUUGAAGGGGACCAAGAAACCCAGCGCCCUGCAGCGCCCCGACACUCUCACAGAGCUCACGCUGCAGCCGGCCGACUCCCCAGCCAAGAAGAAACAGGUGCACUUCGAAGACAACGUGGUCCGGAUCAUCCCCACCCUCGCCGAGGGGCUGGAGGAGGGCGACAGUGAGUCAGAGGAGACCACCUCUGAUACGACGCCCAUCAUCCCCACCCCACAGCCCCUGCCCCUGCUGUCUUCACUGUCGGCCACCACCGGCCUGUUCUGAGCUGCUCACCGAGGGGUCUGCGUGGAUCCGUGGCCCUGCCUAGGUCCUCUGGGAGGCCCAGACGACCCCACGAUGACCAUCAGGGGUGUGACGGGCCAGGCAUCGGGGAGGCAAAUGAGGCCAAGAUCACUUGGAGCCAGCACCGGCUCCUCCCUCUUGGCCAGGGGUGGGGGGAAUCCCAAAGAGCCCAAUACCUCCACCUCGCGCAAGGCUGCAAAAGCCGCGGCCUCUGUUCCGGUGAGGAUGGACGAUGUCACCUUAGCAGAAACCUGCCCUAGCUGCUGACACUGAUCCAGCACUCAGCAAAGGCCCUGAGGACGGCUGGGAUGGCCAGGGACACCUUAGCGACUUAAGCAUCUCAAAGCAGGUGUCAGAGAUGGCCACAAAGGGAGGAAGAGCAGCCGGGCAGGCGGUGGCCCGCAUUCUGUGGGUUCUCCCAGGCUGGGCAGAGCUGCAGGCGUGCCAGCGGGGCUCAGGGAAACAAAGCCGUUCUGUGCGCACCAGACAAAGCCGCGCUCAUUCCGGAAGCAUGGCUCGGGGCUCCCUGCAGCCCCACAACCCGGCCUGCCACAGAUGCCAUGUGAGUGACGCAAACUCAGAGAUGCCGAGUGCCCGUGGCAAGGCAGCAGGGGCUGAGAGAGCCUGGACCGUGGCGCCCUCCGUGUGCAGGGACCAGGAAACACAACAUGCGGAGGAGGCACACUCUGCCACACUGGGUGCCCUAGAGGAUGAGCAUUUGUGGAUCCAAAGUGGGAGAGAGGGAGGGUGGGUCUGGGAAGAAGAGAGGGUAGGAGGAGAGCUGGCAGGAGGGCAAGUUCUCUGUCACAGCCCGGAAUGAACAAGGGAACGGCAUUGUCCUUUGGCCAUGAGGCUGUGGCCAGGAAGGCCAGGCGUGUUAAUUUUUUUGUUCUAGUGAAUGAGAAAUCAGAAGAAGGAAGGGAUCGCUCCCCAGUGCAGGAGAGGGGGCCGACCCCAGGGCACUCCGAGAGCGCUCGCUUUAUGGUCCCUAUGAGAAACUCAUGUGGUUCUUGCACACUUCAGGACAUCCCCGGGUGGGUGUUUGUGCAGCCGUACGGAGGUCCACAGCCAAGCAGAAGUACCAUUGCCUGGGUCUUCUUUCAAAGCAGCGCGUGGCAGGCGGCUAACGGUGCCAUCCCGAGGGCCCUCCGUGGAGGGGCUGUGGCUUUAGCUGCCACUGAGGAGGGAACUCAGGAGCUGCUCUGGCAGUGAGGGGGGAGUGGAUAACAUGCUUCCUGGAUCUAGGGAGGGGUGGGGGCUGCCCCAUUCAUGACAUGCCACGUGUCCCCUGCGGGCCACUGUGAACAGAAGGAGCCCUGGUAUGGAGAAGCCAGCAGCCUUGGGCAUUGUCCCCAGUGGACAGGGGCCACAAUGGCCUGAGGGUCUCUGGGGAGCUCCAUCAUCACAGCCAGCGGAGUAAACCUGAAGACCAGCACCAUCCUGCUUUUUCUAAAAAAAAAAAAAAAAAGAAAA